UUAGAAAAAGUCUUCCUUCGUUUCAAUGGUUUCACAAGUAUAAGUUAAAUUUCUUAUACUUGGUCCUUGGCCUUAGCUUCAGGUCUAAAAAAGAAAAAUGCCUAAUGUCAUUUUGUGUAAAUGCGGAUUGCGGUGUCCAUGCGGUGUUAUUUUGAUUAUUUUAAGUUUCUAGCUUUCUCUAAAUGAAUUGAGAAGAAAAUGCAGCAAGUUCAUCGUGCAGGAACCUUGAAGCAGAGCAACAAGGCUCAUAAGUCUCGUCAUCGAUCGAAGCGAGGCGUAUCAGCUGCUGUAAAAGGGAAGGUAAAUGUAAAAGAGUUUGUGCGUCGUAACCGUCAUGUUCUGAAGAAGGAGGAACGUCGGCACCAAGCACUGCAACUCCGGAAGAACAAGAGAGAGGAGGUACUGUCCAAGAAACGUGCCCUCGGUGGUACGAGGAACCCUCCAUUCCUAGUAUGUGUGGUACCGUUGAAUAGACAACUUGAUGUACAAUCAGCUCUGGCCAUAUUGAAGACUUGCUCUGAAGGUGCUGUUGUCAGUCAAUCUGACUAUGGAAUUCUGCAUAUCAGUUUGCCCAACUUCAAGCAGCGAUUCUCCUUCAUAUGCCCCGAAGUAGACAAUGAAUUCAGUCUCUUGGAUGCUCUCAAGAUCGCUGAUACAGCACUUUUCAUAAGCUCAGCAUUGGAUGAACCGGUUGACGAAUGGGGGGAGAAAGUCCUUGCCUUAGCCAUGGCCCAGGGUAUGCCUACGCCGGUCGUAGUUGCCAUGGACAUCGAAGGAGUCCACCCUAAGAAACGGACAAGCGAAAAGCAAAAUGUACAAAAGCUGAUCUCAAAAUGGCUGCCAGAAGAAAGAGUCAUGCAGCUAGACAAAAGUUCUGAUGGCUUGAACUUGCUACGUAGAAUUGGUAAUCAGAAACGUAAUAUAAUUCAUCAUAGAGAAAAAAGACCGCAUAUGUUAGCUGAGGAAGUAGAAUACAUACCGGAUGCAGAAGGCGAUAGUGGUACUUUAAAAGUCAGUGGGUAUUUACGUGGUAUGCCGCUUAAUGUAAACGGUUUAGUACAUAUAACUGGCCUUGGCGACUUCCAAAUGUCUCAAAUUGACGCUUUAGACGAUCCCCAUCCAUUGAACUUGGGUAAAGAGAAUGAGAAAUCAGAUGCGAUGGACGCAGAAGUGAUAAAAAGGACAGUGUUGCAAGUAGCCGACCCUGCCAAGCAAGAGAGCCUGCAGUCAGAGAACAUACCGGAUCCUAUGGAUGCUGAGCAGACUUGGCCUACCGAAGAGGAGAUUGAACAGGCUAACUUAGAAACACAAAAGAAAAAGGUGAAAAAGGUACCGAAGGGCUGGUCUGAUUACCAGGCUGCGUGGAUUGUGGAGUCUGAUGCUGAAGGUGAAGGUUCUGAAGAUGGCAGUGAGGACGAUGAUGAUGACGAGAAUGAAGAAUUUAUGUCGUGCGAAGACUCAGAUUCCGAGCAAGAGAAAGAGGAAGACAACGACUUUGAGUCCGUCACUGAAUCUGAAGCUGGGCCCACCGAUGACAAAUACGACGCAACGAUAGACGCGCAUGAAGAACACGAGAUGCUCCAGAAACUAGCAGCGGCCCGGGAAGACAGGCAGUUUCCGGACGAGGUGGACACUCCCCAGGAUGUGCCGGCCAGGGAGCGCUUCAUGCGGUACCGGGGACUCGAGUCUUUUAGGACAUCACCCUGGGACCCCAAAGAGAACCUGCCAGCAGACUACGCUCGCAUCUUCCAGUUCGAGAACUACGAGCGCACGCGCCGACGGGUGUUUAAGGAGAACGAGGACAGUCUUGUGAACAUGUACGGAUUCUACAUCACGAUCCAUGUGAAAGGCGUUCGCCAGGAUCUGUGGAAGGCGUAUCGUGCCGCCAACCCAACAGCUCCUCUGUCUGUAUUCGGGUUACUGCCCCACGAGCACAAGAUGUCCGUCAUGAACGUGGUGCUGAAGCGCACCGGAGCGAGCGACGAGCCCAUCAAGAGCAAGGAAAGGCUCAUCCUCCAAGUCGGCUACCGGAGGAUCAUUGUCAACCCUGUCUUCAGUCACCACACCAACGGGACCAAGCACAAGUACGAGCGGUUCUUCCAGCCAAGCUCCACUUGCGUCGCCACUUUCUACGCGCCCAUUCAGUUUAGUCCGUCAACAGUGCUCUGUUUUAAGGAAAAAAAGAACACUAAACUCCAGUUUAUCGCAUCGGGCGUGCUGUUGUCUUGCAACCCGGACAGAUUGAUCGUAAAGCGAAUUGUGCUAUCUGGACAUCCUUACAAGGUGAACAAGAGGUCAGCGGUGAUACGGUUUAUGUUCUUCAAUAGAGAGGACAUCUUGUAUUUCAAGCCAUGCAAGCUCAGAACUAAAUACGGACGCACGGGCCACAUCAAGGAACCUUUAGGUACUCACGGGCACAUGAAGUGCGUGUUCGACGGUCAACUCAGGUCUCAGGACACGGUGCUGCUCACCCUGUAUAAGCGCAUGUUCCCGAAGUGGACCUACGAGAACUGCAUCGUCACAGACCACAGUACAGACGAGAAGAUGGAUUCUUGAAUCAUGUACUAGUUUUAUACUGUAUAUAGAUAGUACUUUAAUAAAUGUUAAGGAAAAUGA